AUGGCUGCUUCUGCUACCCAGAACCCACAAGUCAAGUCCGAAUCCAAGUCUUCAAAGAAGAAGAAGGCCAAGGCGACCUCUGCCGAGACUGAAGCUUCAUCUGCCCCCGCCCCGGUUGCGGAGGUCACUCCGUCCAAUGCUGCAACAGAGAGCAAUAAUGGUGAUGGUGGCUACGAGAGUCCGUACAUCAAGGAGCUCUACAAGAACAUCCGAAAUGUCAACAAGAAGAUCACCAACGCCUCCAAAGUCGACAAUAUCCUCGCUGAGAACCCUGGCACCACCCUCGACGAGCUGGUAGUUGCGCGAAAGAUCAAUGCCGACCAGAAGGCCCAGAUCCUAAAGAAGCCACAACUGCAAGCUUCCCUGACGCAACUGGAAGAACAAAUCGCCCAAUACAAGAAGUUCGACCAGGAAUACAAGGCUAGAUCACAAACCGAGAAGGCCGAGUUCGAGAAGACCUUCACUGACAAGGCGAGCAAGGAGUUGGAGGAAGCAGUUGCAGCAGCAAAGUCCGAGGCUGAGACAAAUGCGUUGAAGGAGCAAAAGAACAACCUGCUUCUUCUGUCACAAUUCCUUAAAUUGGCUGCUAUUCGACGAGGCGAGGAUGAGGCUGCGGAGCUUGAGGAGAGCAAGGCAUUGGAGGGUCUGUUAGCUCAGGUUUAUGCCGGUGAUGCUACUGCUGUUUCUGCCAUGCUCAACCUCAUCCAAGGCUCCAGUGAGACUAUUGUGUCUGUUAUGGGAGAAGCCCUAAGCGUUACUUAUGCCGACAUCAAGGCCGCCUCCCUUGCCCAGAUUGCUGCUACCCCAAUCCUUGAGAGCGAAGUUGAACAGAUUCAUGAGGUUCCCUCUGUUGAGCAUCCAGUCCAGUCUGACCCUACCAUUGUCAACGCUGGUCUUACUGAGAUCGGCGAGCCUGCCGCAGUUGAUUUGACGAAUGGCCAUAACGAGUCGGUCUUCGACACCCAGGGCAUUCCACAAAAUUCCGGAUUUGGUGACGGGGCUGCCAACGCUGCUGCUGAGGCCAACUGGGAUAACAACAAUGAUCUAUCUACCUCUCAGGAGUGGGUUGAGAUCCCUCGCGAUGCUAAUGAGACUGAAACUGGCGUUACUGCUACCCCGGCUGCUCCUUCCAACGUUCAGAGCUGGGCCGACGACCAGCCUGAUAGCCCUGUCGAAAAGACCUCUGCUCCAGCAGUCAACAGUAACGAUGGCUUCCAAGAAAUCAGCCGUAACCGUGGUGGACGAGGUAAUUUCCGUGGAGGUCGUGGACGCGGCGAUGGAUUCCAGCGUGGCCGAGGUGGAUUCCGAGGCGAUGGUUACCGUGGACGAGGUCGGGGUGGAGGCGGUGGAGGUCCUCGUGGAGGUCGUCGCCCAGACGAAUCCUAA